AUGGCGUGCGCCUUCUCCGCCUCCACCGUGUCCACGGCCGCCGCGCUCGUCGCGUCCCCGAAGCCAGCCGGGGCGCCGCAGUGCCUAUCGUUUCCCCGCGCCGCCGCCAGGCCCUCCCGCCUCGCCGCCGCCGGCUCGAGGACGGCCAGGGCCCGCAGCUUCGUCGCCCGCGCCGCAGCCGAGUACGACCUGCCGCUGGUGGGGAACAAGGCGCCGGACUUCGCGGCGGAGGCCGUGUUCGACCAGGAGUUCAUCCACGUCAAGCUAUCUGAUUACAUUGGGAAGAAGUAUGUGAUUCUUUUCUUCUACCCUCUGGACUUCACCUUCGUCUGCCCAACUGAGAUUACGGCUUUCAGCGACAGACAUGAGGAGUUUGAGAAGAUAAACACUGAAAUUCUUGGUGUUUCAGUUGAUAGUGUGUUUUCCCAUCUUGCAUGGGUGCAGACAGAGAGGAAAUCUGGUGGACUUGGUGAUCUUAAGUAUCCGCUGGUUUCUGAUGUCACCAAAUCAAUCUCAAAGUCUUUUGGUGUAUUGAUCCCUGAUCAGGGAAUUGCUCUGAGAGGAUUAUUCAUCAUUGACAAGGAGGGUGUGAUUCAGCAUUCCACUAUUAACAACCUUGGUAUUGGCCGCAGUGUGGAUGAGACCUUGAGAACCCUUCAGGCUCUGCAAUACGUCCAAGAAAACCCAGACGAGGUCUGCCCGGCAGGAUGGAAACCUGGGGAAAAGUCGAUGAAGCCUGACCCUAAGGGCAGCAAGGAGUACUUCGCUGCCAUCUAG